AAUCAUCAACGACUUUACAAGAAUCAACAACAACUUUAUCUAAUGAUAAUCAAGAUUAUCAAUAUAUGCUUACUCGAUUAUUACAAAAAAUACAACGAUUUGUAACGCAAAAUCCUAUAUCAGCUAUAACUUUUUAUACUUCUUUCAAUGAAGUAUUUGUUUCUGAAAUUGAAAAAGAAACACAAACACAAUCCAAUAAUUCAAAUAUUAUACUAACAAAGAAAAUUAAUGAAAAUACCAAUAAUAAUAUAUUAGAAUCUAUAAUUGAUUUAGAUAAUUAUGAAUCUACUUAUAUAGCACAAAAUAUAGUAAUACAACCAUUAAAUGAAAUUCAAAAUUUAUCUUCUUCACCUAUUACUCAAUCUCCACAGUUUAUUGAAUCUAAUGUUUUUUCUAAUGAAUCAAACUUAGAAAUAUAUCAAAAUAACAAUAAUUGUCCAUAUUGUAACGAAACAUUAUCAAAUCCAUUGCCAUUGAAAGUAUCAGAAUAUUUAAAUAAUAUUUCAAUAGGAAAAAUAUCUGCUAAUAAUAUAGUUGAACAAUAUGAAUUUUGUCGAAUUACAAAUUUGAAAUCAGAAUUACUAAAAAUUAUAAAAGAACAAAAAUAUAGUGAAUAUCACGUAAAUGCAAUUAAAAAAAUUCAAGAAAUAGAAUUAUCAAAAGUUAACAAUCCAUUAAUUCAAAUUAAUUAUUUUGAAUCUUUACAACCUGGAUAUUAUGGACCUAAGGGCUUAGUGAUUAUCUUAAAAAUUUUAACUGAAUUAUUUAUUCGAAUUGGAAUACUAACUGUAGAUCUUUAUAUUCUGCAACCUUCAUCCCAAUACUUAUUUCAAGUUUUUGUUUUUAAAACUGCUAUUAGACUUAUUGUAGAGGAUUAUAAAGGUAUUUCUUUAAAUAAUGCAAAAGAAAUAAUGGUUGAUAGUGUUGAUUUUGGUUUAUAUAUUCAUAAUGAUAAUUGUAAAAAUUAA